UAAUACUACUUUUUCUCUGAAAAGAAGAAGAAGAAACAAAAGCUCCGUAAGAGAGAUUGAGGAACGAAGGAAGGAGAGGAUAACGCUUCAUUCUCACCCUUUCGAUCUGAUCGAUUUUCAUCGCUCUUUUUGUUUUUACCCUUUUUUAUGAUUGGUUUUUGUUGAAGGAGGGGGAUCGGUGAUGUUGUCGCUGCGCAACGGAGUCGGGAUCUCUAGGGCUUCCUCCUACGGAAGCGUCGUCGUCAAUCGUACUGAUGUUAUCUCCGACGCUUCCUCGGUGGUUCCCGGAAAAGCUGCCUUUUAUGGGGUCAAGCUGGAUCCGGCUUCUUCCCUCGGUAUCGUGCCUCACAAUGGACGUGAUUCACUUGAAGUUAAUGAAGAUGUGCAGUUGGCUCUAGCUCAUCAAUUAUACAAAUCUGGAAACUACAAACAAGCAUUGGGUCAUAGCAAUGCUGUUUAUGACCAAAACCCACUUCGUACCGAUAAUUUACUCCUUUUGGGUGCUAUUUAUUAUCAGUUGCAUGAUUAUGACAUGUGCAUUGCCAAAAAUGAAGAAGCCCUUCGAAUUGAGCCUCGCUUUGCUGAGUGUUAUGGGAACAUGGCAAAUGCUUGGAAGGAAAAAGGCGAUACUGAUGUUGCCAUUCGGUACUAUAUGAUUGCAAUUGAGCUUCGACCUAACUUCGCUGAUGCAUGGUCAAAUUUAACUAGUGCUUACAUGCGGAAGAGAAGAUUUAAUGAGGCUGCUCAGUGUUGCCGUCAGGCUCUGCAAUUAAAUCCUCAUUUGGUUGAUGCUCAUAGUAACCUUGGAAAUCUAAUGAAGGCUCAAGGUCUGGUUCAAGAAGCAUACAGUUGCUAUCUUGAGGCUCUACGGAUACAGCCGACGUUUGCUAUUGCAUGGUCAAAUCUUGCUGGUCUUUUCAUGGAUUCAGGCGACCUAAAUCGAGCCCUUCAGUAUUACAAGGAAGCUGUUAAACACAAACCCAUGUUUCCUGAUGCCUAUUUAAAUAUUGGGAACAUUUAUAAGGCUUUGGCAAUGCCUCAGGAGGCUAUUGUCUAUUAUCAGCAAGCUGUUCAGACUCGGCCGAACAAUCCAAUAGCUUUGGGGAAUCUGGCUAGUACAUACUAUGAGAGAGGACAGCUGGACUUGGCGAUCUUCCAUUAUAAGCAAGCUAUUGCAUAUGAUCAAAGAUUUGUGGAAGCUUACAAUAAUUUGGGAAAUGCAUUGAAAGACGUGGGUCGUGUCGACGAGGCAAUUCAAUGCUAUAAUCAAUGUCUCACAUUGCAACCCAACCAUCCACAAGCACUUACCAACCUUGGGAACAUAUAUAUGGAAUGGAACAUGGUUGCUGCUGCUGCUUCUUACUAUAAGGCUACAUUGGCUGUCACAACAGGGUUAUCUGCUCCAUUCAAUAACCUUGCAGUAAUCUAUAAGCAACAGGGAAAUUACAUGGAAGCUAUAUCUUGUUACAAUGAGGUUUUGCGGAUUGAUCCAUUGGCAGCUGAUGGACUUGUAAAUAGGGGUAACACUUACAAGGAGAUUGGUAGAGUGAGUGAAGCAAUUCAAGAUUAUAUUUGCGCUAUUAAUAUCAGACCAAAUAUGGCUGAGGCCCAUGCAAAUCUGGCUUCUGCUUAUAAAGAUAGUGGGCAUGUGGUGGCUGCUGUCACAAGCUAUAAGCAGGCAUUGCUUCUUCGACCAGAUUUUCCUGAAGCUACUUGUAACCUCCUACAUACAUUACAGAGUUUGUGCAGCUGGGAGGAUCGUGAUAAAAUGUUUACUGAAGUUGAGGCUAUUAUCCGAAGGCAGAUUAAUAUGUCUGUUCUUCCUAGUGUGCAACCUUUCCAUGCUAUAGCAUAUCCCAUUGAUCCAAUGCUUGCACUUGAAAUAAGCCGUAAAUAUGCUGCUUAUUCCUCCUUGAUUGCAUCACGUUUUGCUCUUCCUCCUUUUAACCUUCCUGCUCCAAUUCCUAUUAAGAAUGAUGAUGGAAAUCAGAGGCUAAAGGUUGGUUAUGUGAGCAGUGACUUCGGCAAUCACCCCUUGUCACACCUCAUGGGAUCAGUAUUUGGCAUGCACGAUAGAGAGAAUGUAGAGGUAUUUUGCUAUGCCUUGAGUCAAAAUGAUGGCACUGAAUGGAGACAGCGUAUCCAAUCUGAAGCUGAGCAUUUUAUAGAUGUCUCUGCCAUGACAUCAGAUGUGAUUGCCAAGAUGAUUAACAAUGACGGAAUACAAAUUCUUAUCAACCUGAAUGGUUAUACUAAGGGUGCAAGGAAUGAAAUUUUUGCCAUGCAACCGGCACCUAUACAAGUUUCAUAUAUGGGAUUCCCUGGGACUACUGGGGCAGAUUACAUUGAUUACUUGGUCACUGAUGAGUUUGUUUCACCUUUGCGCUAUGCACAUAUUUAUUCUGAGAAACUUGUCCAUCUCCCUCAUUGCUAUUUUGUGAAUGAUUAUAAGCAGAAAAAUCGUGAUGUGUUGAAUCCAAAUUAUCAGCACAAGCGUUCUGAUUAUGGCCUUCCUGAAGAUAAAUUUAUUUUUGCAUGUUUCAACCAAUUGUAUAAAAUGGAUCCUGAAAUCUUUAAUACUUGGUGUAAUAUUCUUAAGCGUGUACCAGAUAGUGCACUUUGGCUCCUCAGAUUCCCAGCUGCUGGAGAAAUGAGGCUGCAAGAAUAUGCUGUUGCACAAGGGGUACAGCCAGAGCAAAUAAUUUUCACAGAUGUUGCAAUGAAACAUGAACAUAUCAGGCGCAGUGCUUUAGCUGAUCUCUGUCUUGACACCCCUUUAUGCAAUGCACAUACUACCGGCACGGAUGUGUUAUGGGCUGGCUUACCUAUGGUGACUCUUCCUCUCGAGAAAAUGGCUACAAGGGUUGCUGGUUCGCUUUGUUUGGCUACUGGUUUGGGGGAGGAGAUGAUUGUAAACAGUAUGAAGGAAUACGAAGAAAGGGCUGUGACAUUGGCAUUAAACAGACAGAAGCUUCAUGUUCUUACCAAUAAACUCAAGGCUGCUCGUUUAACUUGCCCCCUUUUCGACACAGCACGCUGGGUGCGGAAUCUGGAAAGGUCAUACUUCAAAAUGUGGAACCUGCAUUGCUCAGGGCAGCAGCCGCAGCACUUCAAAAUCACUGAGACUGACUUUGAUUUCCCUUAUGAUAGAUAGGAACGAAACGGGAAUUGUAGAUAAAAGAAUGAUGAUAUAGUGGAAGAAGAACAAAAGUGGUCCUUGUAGGAUAAAGAGAUUGUUUUAGAGUGAUUUAAUCACAAUGGAAAUGAGAUACAUGCUUAAAGGUGGGAAAUAUAUAUAAUCUGUUUGUGGUUCUAUUCUAUCAUAUAUUCUAUUUACCAGG